AAAGAUAACUAACACGUCUUUGUACUAUUGGCAAGAGAUGCCACACUGGAUCCGUGCCAUACAAGUUUGAAAAAAAUCAAAGAAUGGUGUUGUAGGAUGAUUCCCACAUUGCAUUUUUUUUUUUUUUUUUGGUAAAAUUAAACGUGAACAUGCUAUUUAAACUGGAACUGGAAGGUUGGGAAGAAAACAAAGGUGGUGAUUUGACACUCCCACUUAAGUUUAAGUGUUACUGUACUGCUAUUUUUUGCUGUCACGUGUUGAUUCUGAGCAUAUGUUGAAAUCGGGACAUGACAAGAAAUUAGGACGUGACAAGAAGACUAGACACGAGAACAGGCUGUAAGGCUAUAUGAUUCGAUUCACUGUGGAUAAUGGCAUGUGGAAGAUCAGUCACCUCAACCCAGAUCGUAAUCACGAAGACAAAUUCUUCGAUCAGGUCGACAUAUACCAGGUGUGCGCGCAGCAAUCCUUAGCUCUAUGGUCGAUGGGAGUCGAAAACCAACACCAUCGUAUUCCUACUCUGGAAAAAAAUUCUGGUAGAGCUGACAACGUGUUGAAUUAAAUGAGUAAUAUGUUACGUGACGCUUUUAACCAACUGCAAAUUGUUUACCAUCCGUCUCGUAUUUUAAAUGACUUUGAACUAAUAUAUGUUUUGCACCGUAGAAAAUUUUCACAAAUAAACCGCUUAUGAAUAUGGUCGAAAAUAGGACUAGAGGGAUACUUUUCUUCUUUUAUAGAAUGAUGCUAAAUAUUUUAUUUUUUUUAUUCUAACAAACGGUAUUAUUUACACUAAAAAUAAGAGAUGAGAUUUAGCCUCACAAUAGGCUAGAAAUAAUAUUGUUCAAAUUCACAUUGACGAGAAUCGAAGCUAAGAUAAGUGGGAGGAAUAUUACUGGACCAGAUAAGUAAGAGGAAUAUUACUAGAUCGUAGUACUAAGUGGUUACACAGGGUUUAUUAUAUUUCUAUUUUAUUCUAGUUGGUUCUCUUUUUGUCAAAAAAUUGUGACGGGUUAUAUUUGUUAGCCCACUCUCUUUAGCAAAAGGGAAAUCGGAAACAUGUUUGGGACAGCGAUCAGGUGCAUCGCUCGGAAACCAAAACCUCCGAUGAAACCCAUACAGCUCAAUACCCCACCUGAGCAGACACAGACCAUCACCAGGGCCAUCUUCGACAUUGUCAAGGAGCACGGCCCUCUCACCAUUUCCGAAACCUGGGAUCACGUCAAGGAAGUCGGGUUGAGAGGUUUGACGAGCAAGAGGCACAUGAAGAUAGUGCUGAGGUGGAUGAGGGAGAGGCAGAAGCUCAGAUUGAUAUGCAACCAUGUAGGGGCUCAGAAGCAGUUUCUGUACACCACUUGGUUUACAAAGCACAACAACUUCAAGCAGAAGCCGAAGCCAGGAAGUGAUUCUCCACAACCCAAGUCUCCUUGAAGUCUUGCGGAUCUUCUUACUAGCUCAGUAGCUUUGUUCUGAGUUGUAAUGAAAAAUUUGAACUUUUUGCUGUAAUGUAAAGCUUAAGCUAAGUUCUUAGUCGUAAUUAUUUUUUUCUUUUUAACAUGUCAGUGAUUCUGUAAUUUUACUUUGAGUAAAUUGUAGCAAUGGUCCAUCAACUUUAAUCAAA